GUUUCGCGCCCAAAUCCCCCCCUGCUCUUUGGCCAGCAUCUCCCAACCCGGCCACAGCCUCGUCCUCUCUCGCACCCGCCGUCGACACACACCUGAAGAAUGUCCCACCAAAGCGGAAUCAAGCCCACGGCCAACCUCCUGUCCAUCUUUGAGUCGUCGAGGGAAUCUGCUCGCGCCAUCAAGGUCAUCAUCGAGUCCGAACAACUCGAGUCCGUCGCCACCCUCGAUGUCUCUGUUUCUUGGGAGCAGGGCUUCUCUGAGAUCCAAAGCUGGCUUGAGGACAAGACCCCGUGCUUCAUCCUGUAUCGUCUGGACGCCAAAACGGCGCUUGGGGCAUCCGAGUGGAUUGUUCUUUCGUAUGUUCCCGACCACGCGGCGGUUCGCCAGAAGAUGCUCUAUGCAAGCUCGCGAGCAACCCUGACCAAGGAGCUGGGCGACUCGACAUUUACCGAUUCAAUCUAUGCCACCCACAAGAACGAGCUGACUCUUGAAGGAUAUCGAAAGCAUAUCCAGCAUAAGCACGCGAGCGCCCCCCUGACCGAGCGCGAGCAGGAAAUGCAGCACAUCAAGAUAGCUGAGGUUAGUGUCGACAUUGGCACCGAGACCAGAAAGACGCUGGUCAAAGGGCUCGCCUUGCCUGUUGCCGACAGCGCCCUCGAAGCCCUCCGCGACCUCAAGGACGGCCGCGUCAACUAUGUCCAGCUGGCGAUCGACACUGCUGCCGAAGCCAUCGGCCUGCACCAGAGCGGCCUCAUUCCGAUCUCCGAGCUCAGCAGCCACAUCCCCAAGGACAGGCCACUGUAUACUAUCAUUAGCAUCCAGGUGCCUGACAAGGGCGUUGCUAUCGCAUUCGUCUACAGCUGCCCCCAAAAGUCCAAGGUCAAGGACCGCAUGUUUUACAGCUCGACUCUGCAGGCCACCCACGAGAUGAUUGAGCGUGAUUACGAACUCAAGAUCGCCAAGAGGAUCGAGACCGAUGAUGGCGAUGAGCUCAGCGGCGAGUACAUCCUUGGCGAGCUUGCCCCGACCCCGAAGAGCGAGUCGCAGCCGGGCACACCCCGCUCGUUUUCCAAGCCUGCCAAGCCUGGCCGCGGCCCGGCCCGCAUCAUCCGGCCCAACUAAUAGCCCACGGACCAAACGGCCUACGGAUGGACUUUGCUGGGUGGUCGACGACACUGCGAUCUGGCGAGAUCCAGAGACGAUCGAGACAUGUUACAAUCAAUCCAAUAAAAAACGAGACACCCGUGUUUUUGACCA